GCGGCCGGAUGAAGCGCUGUACAUAGCUCCCAUAACUUUGUCCUUGAUUUUGAUAUUUUUCGUGGUAUUUGUGUUACUUAUUUACAAGAUCGAAACAGCAGUCGCUAAAGUGCAAGUAGUUUGGGUGAGAAACCGGAAGGGGACUAGGAAGCGGACGAAAUCAAGUGAAAUACCAUCUGACUACAUCCAAAGAAGAAAGAAGGCGGAGAGUUACAUUCAAGAGAGUUAGGAGGGCUUCCUCAUUUCCAACAUGUCCUCGGUAAAAGUAGCCGUCCGUGUCCGUCCAUUCAAUGCAAGGGAAUAUGCUAACAAAUCAUUAUGUAUCAUCAGCAUGGAAGGAAACAGAACCACAAUCAUAAAUCCUAAAACUCAAGAAAACAAAAGCUUUAACUUUGAUUACUCACAUUGGUCACAUACUUCACCGGCAGAUCCUAAAUAUGCAUCACAGAUUCAAGUUUAUAACGAUAUUGGAGAGGAGAUGUUGGCUCAUGCAUUUGAAGGGUACAAUAUAUGCAUAUUUGCAUAUGGACAGACUGGUUCUGGUAAAUCAUACACUAUGAUGGGUAAAAAUGAAAUAGAUCAAGGAGGAAUAAUUCCACAGUUAUGUGAGGAACUAUUCAGGAAAAUGGAGGACAAUAUGAUUGAAGACAUGUCAUACUCAGUUGAAGUCAGUUACAUGGAGAUCUACUGUGAACGUGUUAGAGAUUUACUUAAUCCAAAAAAUCAAAAAAAUUUACGAGUUCGGGAACAUCCGCUGCUCGGUCCCUAUGUAGAGGAUCUCUCCAAACUAGCUGUGACGUCGUAUAAUGAUAUACAAGAUCUGAUGGAUGAAGGCAACAAAGCAAGAACGGUUGCAGCGACAAAUAUGAACGAAACCAGCAGUAGGUCACAUGCUGUUUUUACUAUUGUAUUUACACAACGAAGAUAUGACAGAGAAACUGACUUAUCCACUGAAAAAGUCAGUAAGAUUAGUUUAGUUGAUCUUGCGGGAAGUGAGCGGGCUGAUUCCACUGGUGCUAAAGGGAUGAGAUUAAAGGAAGGUGCCAACAUUAACAAGUCUCUUACAACUCUUGGUAAAGUUAUAUCUGCAUUAGCUGAAAUAAGUUCAUUGGAUAAGAUUGGGAAGGGCAGUUCUAGUAAACGGAAAAGGAAGACAGAUUUUAUUCCAUUCAGAGAUUCUGUUUUAACCUGGUUGUUAAGAGAGAAUCUUGGAGGUAACUCUAAAACUGCCAUGAUAGCAGCGUUAAGUCCUGCAGAUAUCAAUUAUGAUGAAACACUUGGCACAUUGAGGUAUGCUGAUCGAGCCAAACAGAUUGUCUGUAAAGCUAUUGUUAAUGAAGAUCCAAAUGCAAGGAUUAUCCGUGAAUUAAAAGAAGAGGUUGCCAGAUUAAAAGAAAUCUUGAUUUCAGAAGGUAUAGAAAUUAGUGAUCAGGAAGCAAAGCAAAAUAUAAUUAGUCGUACAAAAGAAGAUACAAUGGACAGAUUGAAGGAAUCUGAGAAAUUGAUGGCAGAACUGAACAAAACAUGGGAAGAAAAACUUAAGGAAACAGAAACAAUAAGACUUCAACGAGAAGAGAUGUUAGCAGAAAUGGGAAUAGCAUUGAGAGAAGAUGGUGGUACUUUGGGUGUGUUCUCCCCAAAGAAGACUCCACAUUUGGUCAAUUUGAACGAAGAUCCUCUAAUGUCGGAAUGUUUACUGUACUACAUCAAAGAAGGCAUUACAAGAGUUGGUAAAAGUACAGCUGAAGUAUUACAAGAUAUCCAAUUGAUUGGCACUCACAUACAAGACCAACAUUGUAUGUUUGAGAAUACUGAUGGUCAGGUGUCUAUAAUACCAUUUGAUAGUUGCAUGGUAUAUGUCAAUGGAAAAGUAAUAACAGAUGCUUCUCCUUUGAAAACUGGUUCGCGUGUUAUACUUGGUAAGAACCACGUAUUCAGGUACACACAUCCAGAACUAGCAAGAAUAGAAAGGUGCAAAUCACCACAGAACAGUGGAGGAGAUACGCCUGUCAAUGAACCAGUUGACUGGUUCUUUGCUCAGAAAGAAUUGCUACAGAAGCAAGGUAUCGAUAUCAAACAAGAAAUGGAGAAAAGACUUCUAGCCAUGGAGCAACAGUAUAAAAAAGAAAAAGAAGAGGCUGAUAAACUGCUGGAAGAGCAAAGACUUGAUUAUGAAAGCAAAUUACAAGCACUUCAGAAGCAAGUAGAAAUGCACAGUUUACUAUCGGGUAAUAACACACCAGAAGGUCUUAGUAGUGAUGAGGACAAUCUCGAAAGUGAUCCCCAAUGGACAGAGAAAGAAUAUAAAACUGCCGAAUGGGCUUUCAGAAAAUGGAGGUACCAUCAAUUCACAUCCUUAAGGGAUGAUCUGUGGGGGAAUGCUAUAUUCUUGAAAGAGGCUAACGCUAUCAGUGUGGAACUGAAAAAGAAGGUUGAGUUUCAGUUCGUAUUGCUAUCACACACACUUUACUCUCCGCUAACACCUGAAUUGUUACCAAACCAUGAAACCCUGGAUAUGACAGAUGGGGAAUUCCCUCGUACGGUAGUGGCUGUACAAGUACAAGAUAAAAAGAAUGGAGCAACCCAUUACUGGGCAUUGGACAAAUUUAUACAACGUUUAGAAUUAAUGCGUGAAAUGUAUGAUAACUGUGUUGAUAUGACACCUACAACUCCAGAAAGUAAUAUCACAUUUGAAAAUGCUAUCAGUGGUGGUGAUCCAUUUUAUGAUAGAUUUCCGUGGUUUAGAUUGGUUGGAAGAUCAUUUGUAUACCUGAGUAAUCUUCUGUUUCCUGUACCGUUAGUACACCGUGUGGCUAUCGUAAGUGAACAGGGAGAUGUCAAAGGAUGGCUGCGUGUUGCUGUGCAAUACGUCACUAAAGACGACGAAGCACCCGAUUAUGGAUCCGGUGUCCGUCAAUCUGGCACCGCCAGGUUAAACUUCGACGACGAUGAUUACUUUCACAAAAAGACCAAAAAGAGUCAGUCCUAUAUGAGCCAUUCUGCUAUAUCAGAGGACGAAAUCAGGAUAGUGGAGGGACAACGAGAGAACUCAGACAUAGAACUUGAAGUAGAAAAGGGAGAAGAGGAAGAAACCAUGAGUCUGAAAGAAGAGAACACUGUCCCUGUUGUUGAAGGAAUUGAAUGUGAUCAUCUCAAGAUUGGCUCUACGUGCACUUUCAGAGUUACUGUCUUACAGGCAUCAGGAAUAUCAACCGAAUAUGCCGAUAUAUUUUGUCAAUUUAAUUUUCUACACCGACAUGAUGAGGCAUUUACGACUGAACCAUUGAAGAACUCGGCAACAGGUCCUCCUUUAGGAUUUUAUCAUGUUCAGCAUAUAACAGUGACAGUCACCAAGGCAUUUAUUGACUAUGUUCAAAAUCAACCCAUCGUAUUUGAAAUAUUCGGACACUUCCAGGCUCACCCAUUGCAUUUCCAAAGCCAGCAAGAACCAACAAGGAUUCGUCCGAUGCAGAAACGUCACUUUCCAAUGACCUUACCGUUAGCAAGACCAGGUGUUGAUGAUACCAUUUUUGAUUUUGAUUUUUGUGUUCCGUCACCAAAGAUUGGUUUGGUAUCAGCGCCGAGUACCACACAUUUACACAGUAAAUUGGAUUUAUUAGUAUGGUUUGAAAUCUGUGAAUUAGCACCCAGUGGAGAAUAUGUACCUGUUGCUGUCGAUCACAGUGAUGAAAUGCCAUGUGGUGGUAUCUUCCUACUACACCAAGGCAUACAACGACGUAUGGCUAUCACUGUUAUACAUGAAUCUGCACAAGAUAUCAGUUGGAAAGAAGUGAAAGAACUUGUUGUAGGUCGUAUUCGCACUACUGUAGAGGUCAUUGAACCUGACACUGAGUUAUCAGUACUAUCACUGAAUCUACUGCCAGCAAGAUUUACACCAUUGCCAGGUGAUGAUAGAACUAUUUUCCGGUUUGAAGCGGCAUGGGACAGUUCUCUGCACAACUCCGUUCUAUUAAAUCGUGUUACUCCAUACGGUGAAACCGUGUAUUUGACAAUGUCUGCAUAUCUGGAGCUUGACAACUGUGCUCAGUCAGCGUGCAUAACAAAAGAUAUCAGUCUUCAGAUUCAUGAAAGAGAUGCCAAGAUAGCAGCACCAAGAUCAUUACGAAGUCUAUUUGGCAGUGGUAAUUACAGGCUUUCAGACAGCAACCGUGUUAGUGGUGUUUACGAACUAGCACUGAGAAGAUCAUGUGAAUCCCUGAGUCCAGGCAGGUCUCAUAGCUAUUAUGACAUUCGGGAAAUGCUGGAAUCUUCCAAUCCAGCAAGCAACUCACCAUCUAAAAGCAGCGGGACUGCAAGAAGAUUACGCAAGGUGGUUGAUACGUCAGGUACCUACGUACGUGGUGAGGAGAACUUACAGGGUUGGAGACCACGUGGUGAUUCGUUAAUUCUAGAACAUCAAUGGGAACUGGAAAAGCUGACAAGACUGGAAGAGGUUGAAAAGGCACGUCAUUUACUUCUACUGAAAGAUAAGUUACAACAAGAAAGUAAAAAUCUUCCAUGUCUAAAUGCACUUCCGAAUAAUGGAGAUGAACUUGAGACCCCGGUAACACCUGACAACCGAACAUUUGAACCCCCAACUCCUGAUGAAAAAGUUAAUGAUGGCAGUGAAAAGACUGAUGAGAAUGAAAGUAAAGAAAAAGAAUUAAUUACAAAGUGUUUGAAGUUGAUGAUGCAAGGGAAUGUCGCACCACAGGCGCCAGAAUUGAAGAUAACUGAAAUUGACAUUGAUGAUGAAAUCCUGAUACAGACUCCAGAAGAAUAUGAACCUAUUGAACCGAUGCCGAAAUUACCUACCCCGAGAAGCUCACCUUUUGGCACUCCGGAACCGAUACGGAAAAGUGCCACGCAACCAGAUUUGAGGUGUUUGUCACCAGUGAAGGAUACUGCAUCGCCGGAUGCUGAGUCUAUUGAUACCAGACGUAAAAGUGACAUCAAGAAACCAGCUAUGUUUGUGCCAGAGGUUGAAGAAGUCAGGGUCAGCCCUAUUGUUUCAAGAAAAGGUUACUUAAAUUUCUUAGAAGAAAAAGUGAGUGGUUGGAAUCGCCGAUAUGUUGUGGUGCGACGUCCGUAUGUUUUUAUUUACGGACAUGAAAAAGAUCCAGUAGAGCGUGGACUCAUCAAUUUAGCAACUGCUCAAAUCUUGUAUAGUGAGGACCAACAAGCUAUGUUGAAGACUCCUAACACAUUUUCUGUAUGUACUAAGUUCCGUGGCUUCCUCUUACAAACUGGCAGUGAUAAAGAAGUACAUGAUUGGUUGUAUGCAUUUAAUCCCCUUCUUGCUGGAUCCAUCAGAUCUAAAUUAUCAAGAAGAAGAGCCACCCAAGUCAAGAUUUAAUAUUUACAAAAACCGAAACUGACAUGACUUCCUCUAUGAAUUCGGACUGACGAUAUUGUUGUAAUAUAUAUAGCAUAGAUCAGCUCUGUGUAACUUGUAUUUAUGACAGAUCUGAAACCUUUUAAGAAAUUUUAAAACUAGUAUACAGAAGGAUUGUUUUCCCUGUACUUUAGUUAUGUAAACUAAUACUCCCUGUGAUAUUUGAUGUUUAAAUUACACUGAAUCACAUAUUUUUCUUGAAGAUACCAAUUCAUAUCAUAUUGUUAUUUUCUUGUUGUGUACUUAAGGCAAACCAAAAUAGAUAAUUUUAACAUGAAAAAUGUGCAAGAAACACUCAAGUAUUCUUCCUGAUAAAUAACAACUAAAACUUCUUACUAUCUCUCGAUGCUCAAUCGCCAAGAAUUCGCUGAAUAUGUAUAAAUUUUCAUUUCGAAUUGGAUUUUGUU